AUGGCAGCAGCGGCCACGACCUUCAGCACGUCCUGUCUACCAGAGGUUGUUUCAUCCUGCGCCCUGUGGAGAAGCACGCCUAGGUUGUAUGUGCACGGCUUGUCUUGCUUCUUAGAGUUAAGAUUAGAGACUGAAUCUCUGACCUUCUUAACUCUGAAGCAACCGUUGAGCUCUGUCAUGUUCCCCAUACUCAAGUACAGCGAGAAGCACUCCAGGAACCUCAUCCUGAUCGCCGUGUUCACUCUCUGCUGCAUCCUCUGCAUCGUCGGCUACGCCUCCACCACUGUCAAUGUGUACAUGCGAUUCCUCAUCUCCAUCAUUAAUUCUGCACUCUGA